AUGCUGCAGUACUUCGUCGACAAGCUGUUCGGCGACCUCCCAGCCAACUUCAACUUCGUGAUAGGGAAAAGGUUAGAGUGCCAGAGUCCCCAAAACGGGGGGUACUACGAAAUCUACGAAGGAGUAAACAAAAACAAUGAAGGGGUAUGUAUAUUUAUAUAUGAUAAGAAAGGGAAGGCAGAAGGAAGUAGAGAGAAAAGAUACACAAGUAACCAUUUGGCUUUUUCCAAAAAAUUAAUUCAUCCAAAUAUUUUGAAAGUCCUAUAUACAUACGAGAGUGAUAAGAGAAUCUACAUAGUGACAGAAAAAUGUGUCCCACUGCACAUUGAGGGGGAAUGCAUACCGAAGAGAUUGCUGCCAUUGUAUAGCACCUUACUAAAGUAUAGUAAAAAAGAAAUAAACAUGUUAACUAUUUUAAAUGAUGAGAGUUUGAGAACAGACAACACCAUAAGUACAAUGUUGUUCUUGACACAAAUACAUAUGAAGUCGAAGAGCGAAAAGGUGCAGUUUCUUGAUAACCUAUUUAGCAAGCUAGAAAAUAUCUCAUCAAAUGUAAAAACGGAGAAAAUUUUACCUGAACUUGUCCAGAAUGUUGAAGUGUCUGAGAGUAGGGUGACCUGUCUGAAGAUCAUCUUAACCAUUUCGAGAGAACUAUCAACAGAGCACUUUGAUAAAAUGAUAUUUCCAACUGUGUCCAAAUAUUUUUCUCUAAAUGACAGAUCAAUCAGGUUCGUUUUGUUGGAAAAUUUGCAUCACAUAGAGAGACAUCUCACCAGUAACCACAUGAACGAAAUAUACAAUUCCUACCUCUAUGGAUUUUUGGAUAAUAACACGUCCAUAAAAAAUGAGAGUAUAAAAAAUUUCAUUUAUGUGUUUCCAAAAUUGAAAUCAAAUUUUAAGUCGUCUUCUUUGAUGGCCUUGUUGGAUAAUUUGAGAGACUCUGAUUUUUGUGUUAAAACAAAUACGAUAAUUUGUGUGGCAAAAAUUGCGAAACAUAUUUUGGAAGAUAAAGAAAAAAUACUUGAAAAUGUCUACAAGGUUGGAUUGCAGGAGUCAUUUAUUCAAACUAGGUUAGCCACUAUUCAGGCUGUUAAAUUUACAUAUGACCAAUUUAGUGCUAAGAAGUACGCUUCGAAUAUUUUGCCUCUCCUGGUUAGGUCCCUUAUUGAUGAUUCAGUGGAGGUUCGCCUCGCAGCGUUUGACGCGAUGGACUCCGUUUGUGUGCAGCUCAGGGGGGAUUUGCUGAGGGGUAACAGCUGUAGUAGCAGUAGGAGUCCACCGAUACCCAGUGGCACAUCAAAUGGGAACGGUACUUCCACUUCUGCAGUGGACUCCUUAAAAGGUUACACUUUUAUAAAUAAGAUAAAGGGAAUUAUCACUGCGAAGGGGGAAUUGGAUUCGGGAAACGGGUCGCGGGCUACCCAGGAGGGAGGUCUCAGUGUGGGUGACUUCUCCGGGAGAGCUGUCCAAACGGGUGCGACGGAGAGCGAUCCACUUAGCACUUUGGUUUAUGACGUGCCCCCCGUCGGAGGCGCACUCGGCGCGACAGGAAGUAGAGCCCACCUUAAUGUGAAUUCCCAAACGGGGGUGUAUAACAGCGGGGAGAGGCACGUGGCCGCGUUCCAGCAUCAGAGUUACGACCAAAGAGACAAUUUCAUUUUUGAGGAGGAAAUGAAAAAUUACCGCGACAGAAGAAGGGGGUGGGGAGCUGGUGGGAUGGACAGCCUUUAUGGUGGUGGCGAUACGCCUGGCGAAGGAGACAGGGGUGGCCACUACGAACAGGGCAAACAUGACGACUAUUACAACUGCGAGUUGGUAAGUAUGAACAGGUUAGGUGAAACCAACCAAGAGGGCAGCCUUUUUGACGGCAACUUCCAUUUGGGGGAGUCCGCCAGAAGAACGGCUCAUGGAACGGCUCAUGGAACGUCCCAGGGAACGGCCCCCCAAACGGCCCAAACAAUCGACCUUGACAUAGAUGACUUUUUUAAGGAGUUCGACUUGAAAGAGGACAGCAGUGUCAAGGUGAAGUUGAGUUCGUUGUAG